AUGCACGACUUCUGCUCGAAGCACCACGCUAAUGAGGCCAUGGCACGCCCGGGUGGUGGCAUGGGGGCUUCAGAGUGCAAGCUGAAGGGCUGUUCUAAGAACGUUUACCGCGAUCCUGUCACCGGUCUCGAGUCUGACUACUGCUCCAGAGGCCACCAGGCACACGCUAUCGCCCUGGGACAGGGAAUGAGGACCGUAACAUCCCAUGUGCAGCAGGUCUUCCGCGGGGGAACCACCGGCGCUACUGACUUCAUGCUGAGUGUCCUUUCGAAAUCCCAUCACCAGUACUCGUCACUGUGCCAUCAAUUCAUCAGCAAGUGGGUCAAGGGUGGUGUGCCUCAUGUGCGGAGGAUAUUGGAGGUGAAGGUACCAGCCGACAUCUAUGGGAAAUAUGCCAACUACAAGAAGGCCAAGGGCAACAUUCGGCGUCGAUUUCACGGCACCUCGUGCUCUGCAGGGUGUAAUUUUUUCGUCGACCUGAAAGGUAACCCUUGUAGCAGCAGGGGGUGCAACGUGUGCAACAUCUGCACCAACGGCUUCAUGCUGCAAGGAAACGUCGGCGGAACGGCGAAAAGGACAAGCAUCGGUCUGCGCUACGGGGAGGGCCUGUAUUUCAGCAGCGUGUCUGGCAAGUCUAACGACUACGCCCAGGGGUCCGAGAAAGUUGGCAGCGACGGUAAAAAAGUGAGGUGCAUGUUCAUCGCCAACGUCACGGCGGGCAACGCCUACCUGACCCAGCAAGUUUCCCUCGGGCAAAACAUGUGCCCUCCCGCCGGACAUGACUCGGUUGUGGGAGAGGCACCAAUUGAAACGUACCGAACCGACCGUGCCGCCACAGGAGCCACACACGACACCCACACACACACUGUGGGUGUGGUGCCUGUGGUUCGGGCCACCCUGUCUCCUCCCGCAAGUCGAUAAACACUCACAGAAAAGUAAACCUAUUAGUGUUGCUAAUGUUUUAGAGAUGUACAUCGAGAGAAGUACAUGAACAAUUAUAGAAACAUGCACAUAAUAAGGAGAGGUGAAAGCACCAAGACAUUGCAACCCUACGCUGGAGUUGACCUCCUCCCCCUCCUCAGACUCAGAACAAUUCACAAGCCGCACGUUGAACAGUGCCGCGCCGAGAGAGAAACAGUUCGACCCGGCUCGAAGAACAGAAACAAGGCGAGCGGGGGGGGGGGGGGAGCAUACCAUUUGAAACUUGAUACAUGCUGCGACGCUAGACUUACAUGCAUGCUGCCCGUUUGUGGAGAAAUCUCUCUGCCUUGAUGAAAACGUCACAACACAGGGCAUUCGGCCGCUGAAGCCACACACUUAUUUUACCUCCUGUGUGCCAUCCCC